AUGCAAGAGGAUGAAGAACGGGAGUCUCUACUACUUGGAAAUCAUGGACCAGUCGAAGCGGAAUCUCACUCGCUGCUGCUUGAUUCCUCAAACGAAGAAGCCGACUUAGCAGUUUAUCCUGCUCCAAGUCCAUCCCUGAUCUCUCCCUCUGCUCCCCCGAAUGCUCACAAGUACCGAUCGUCUAUAUCUCAACCAACACCAGAUGGAUCGCGCCGUACUCCUCGGACGACGAAUCGUGUCCGAUUUGAUAUUGAAGAAGAAUCUGAAGAGGAACAGCACCUUAACGGCCCCACGCGCGACUCGGAGGACUCCUGGCUGGAGGAAGAAGACUAUGCGCGGCCGAAUGCAACCAGGUCAGGGAGAGGGAGUAGAGGCCAAAUGGUUCCUCUCCUGACGGAUAUAGAAGCCCCCAGCGUGACCCUUGCGACUUCCGACGAUUUCUUUCCCGAGGACCAUCUCGAAAGUGCAAGACCAAGGAGUGGAAUGCGAAUGGCGUUUAUGAACAUGGCCAAUAGUAUUAUUGGAGCUGGUAUCAUUGGCCAGCCUUAUGCGCUUCGGCAAGCUGGUAUGACCAUGGGAAUUAUACUCUUGCUGGGACUCACUGUCGCAGUGGACUGGACGAUCCGCUUAAUCGUGGUCAACUCCAAGCUGAGCGGCGCGGAUUCUUUCCAAGCGACAAUGCAGCACUGCUUCGGGAAGAGUGGUCUGAUUGCAAUUUCUGUUGCUCAAUGGGCUUUUGCCUUUGGUGGUAUGGUUGCAUUCUGUAUUAUCGUUGGUGAUACUAUACCGCAUGUCUUCAGCUCCCUGUUCCCUUCUCUCAGAGACAUGUCCUUUCUUUGGCUCCUCACGGACAGGAGGGCUACCAUUGUUCUUUUUGUCUUGGGAAUUUCAUAUCCCUUAUCCCUGUACCGAGAUAUUGCAAAGUUGGCGAAAGCGUCCACUUUGGCGCUCAUCAGCAUGACGGUCAUUGUCGUCGCUGUAAUUACACAAGGAUUUCGUGUCCCUUCUGAAUCCCGCGGAGAGGUGAAGAGCCUGCUUUUUAUCAACUCGGGAUUCUUUCAGGCGGUUGGAGUGAUAUCGUUCGAUCACAACAGCCUCUUGAUUUAUGGUUCCCUCAAGAAGCCUACUAUGGAUCGCUUUGCAAAGGUGACCCACUACUCAACUGCGGUUUCACUCUGUAUGUGCCUUACUAUGGGCAUCUCGGGCUUUCUUUUCUUUGGGUCCAAUACGGAGGGCAAUGUGCUCAAUAACUUCCCGUCGGACAACAUCAUGGUCAACAUAGCACGACUCUGCUUCGGCUUGAAUAUGCUCACGACAUUGCCUCUGGAAGCCUUUGUUUGUCGAUCAGUCAUGACCACCUAUUACUUCCCCGAGGAACCAUUUAACAUAAACCGACACUUAAUAUUCACAACGUCCCUGGUGGUGACCUCUAUGGUUAUGGCGCUGAUUACUUGUGAUCUCGGGGCUGUGUUUGAACUCAUCGGCGCGACAAGUGCUGCUGCACUGGCAUAUAUCUUCCCUCCACUAUGCUACGUCAAGCUAAGCAAUGCGAGUCGAAGAGCUAAGAUACCUGCAUACCUGUGCAUCGUAUUUGGAAUUACCGUGAUGGGAGUUAGCUUGUUGCAAGCUAUAGCAAAAAUGAUAAGCAGUGAGUCUACAUCAUCGGCACCUCUAUCCCAAUGA